UAUGGAUACCAUCACCUCUCCACACGUACCUUGCACACCUCAUCCACCAAUACCAACGUUUUACCCACCGCUUAUAUGUAGCAGAUAGCACCCGGCAUCCCACACCAAUCGAGAUAACCACUUCUCAACCCUCUCCACGAUGGGAUUUGAUGUCCUGUUAAAGCUGAAAGAUGCCGGAGCCGCCACAGAAGAAUAUCUAAAGGGGAAAUGGGACAAGAGGAAGCAGCGGGAUGCGCAAGCCAGAGCCGAUGCGGAAGAGAGGCGGCGCCAGGAAGAGAAGAAUGCCUUUCUCGGGUUGAUCAUAACGAAGCUUACGGGCGAGUCGGCCGUAGAGAUGCCACGGUUGGAAUGGGACCCGACGAUGUUGCACAGGGCGGUCUUCCUAGUCACCAUACCCAUCGAAUUUGGCAUAUUUGAACUGUCCAAGAACAGCUACAACCUGCUUGCCAAACAUGUCGGCAUGAGCCGAAACAGCGUGAGCCAUUGGGCAUUGUGCGUGGUCGACCGUAGCUUCAACCCAUCUUAUAGUUACGACCUAAUGAGCGACCAGCUGGCACUCAAUGCGCUCGGCAAGAAUCAAUUCCGCGUAGCAGAAGUCACUCCUGCGUACGUCGAGACUUGGACUUCGUGUUAUUACCUCGGCGAGACGACGAAAUCCCACGACGAGAUCCGAGCGUUGGGGAUACAUCACAUGGAGCUCAACCCUCGCUACCACCUUCUGACGAACAAUUGUCAGAACAUGGUGGAAAGCAUGGUCAGGCAGGUGUGCGACGGCAAAAUCAUAAGUCAGACCAAAUUAAAUGAAGAGCUUGCCCUGGCGUCGCCCAAGAUCGCCCUCGACCUCAUGGUCGCCAGGCUACGGUCGAAAAUAGAGAAAUUUGAAGAACACGAAGAGAGCGACGGCGUCAAGGAGGACGUGGAUAUCAUCAAGGGCCUAUGGCAUAAGAUCCAUCAUUAACGGCCCGUCAGCACACCGAAGUUCUCUGGAAACCCACGGCUCGCGUUCUUUCGAAGGUACGGGCACUUGUUAAAAAAAGAAAAAAAAAACAGAAAAAGAAAAAGAAUAACGAUCUCGCAUUCCUGGCGUUUCUGAGAAAUUCGGCGUUAAUCGUCAUUGAUUUAUCUAGGUAUUUCUAGAGGGGGUAAGACAAGCGUCAUUUAACCCGCUUUCCCUCGCACUCCCCCCCCACGCUAAGUAACCCAAUGGAGGGGACAAGGAGGAUGACAAAUCCAUAGCAACGCUGGUUUUUUUUCCCUUCUUUCAGCGAUGAAUUCAUCGGGUCUACAGUCUUACCCAUUCAGGCGCAUCAGUUAACCACGUUUUUCUUAUCUUAGCAGCGCUUAAGGCGUUCUGAUAUAUGCAACGCCUACCCAGCCCAAGGCUCUGCAUGCAGUACCUAGGUUACUUGCUUGCGUUUCAGCCUGGGCUCUAGUAUUACCUCUAGUAAAAUAAGGCCCGAAUUAUUCUGCUUCGCAGAAUAAUUCGGGCUUAUUUUUAACGUAAACGCUAAAAAUAAUAACCUAUCCGGAGGAUAGAGAGAUAUAGAAAGUAUACUUAGUUUAUUUAAUAACGAUUUUUAGAACUACGAA